AUGCCUCUCGUUGUUCCCGGCAUCAACUCCGACAUGGGCGAUAAGUCCGAGUGGGUCAACAAGCUGAUGGGCAAGAAGCUUAGCGACACAAGUAAUGAGGUGUCCUUCGCAAAGAAGGACCUACCCGAAACUCACCGCGUCGUGAAGCCUGGUGACAUGCAGACCAUGGACCACCGCCCCGAGAGACUCAAUGUUCAUGUUGAUGAGGAUGGAACUGUUCGAAAUGUGACCUACGGCUAG